CCAUGUCGGUAAAAACUGCAUUUCUGUCUUUUAAAAAAUAAUAAAAUAAAUGAAUGAAUUUGCAGAUGGUGUAUUUACUGCAUACUAACGCUGAAAACACCAGGGGUUGGCCACAAGUUGUAUCUGACGACCUAACAAGACAUGCAAACAAGCUGAGAAACGAAGUGUUUGUGGCUGGUGGACAGAUAAAAGGCAGAACGUAUCUUCCUUUACCUGCAAACACUGGGCAAUUAGAGACUUCAGACUGUUUCACAACAGCAAGACUGCCCCCUGCCGUAGACAGCAAGUUACUGCACGCCUUUGAAACGGUAAUAAUAGACUGGACUCAUCAAGUGAAAGAUGUUCUCAGCAAAGAUUCUGCACAGCCAAUUUUGGAUGGAUUAAACCCGCUCCCUAAAAUGGAAUUCGACUUCUGGAACGCCAGGUUGACAAAUCUGGAGUGUAUAAAUGAACAGCUGUCAUCUCCAAAAGUGCGUAAAAUUGCUGAGAUUGUGGAAAGGGCAGCAAGCAGCUACUGGCCAUCUUUAAAAAAUAUUUACAGGGAUGUUAAUGAAGGACUCAAAGAGGCAAAGGAUAUUGUCCUUUAUCUGAAACCUUUGCAAAAAGUGUUAGACGAGAUGGAACAAACAGAUUAUUCACAGUUGCCUCAGUUUAUUGGAGUUUUGAUGCACACAGUUGGUUUAAUUUGGGCUAAUUCAAAAUACUACAACACUCCAGAGAGAAUUAUAGUAAUUCUACAGGAGAUCUGCAACCUGUUUAUCGAAAUGACUCGAGCCUUUUUAAGUCCAGAAGAGGUAAUGAAAGGGUUGCAAGGAGAAAUAGAUGACAUGCUGGGAAGAAUAAAACUAGCGGGUACAACUAUAAAAAAACUGAGACACACUUAUGAUUACAACCGAUCACAUAUGGACAUUUUUUUUCAAGGAAGAGAGACACAUUUUUGGGAAUUCCCUUCAUACCUAGUUUUUACCAAGCUGGAUGGAUUUUUACGCAGGUUACAGACUUUAGAGGAACUGUAUCACGUCUCUAUAGAACUGCUGAAGUUGGAGAAAACAGAUAUAGGAGGUGUGAAAGGGAACAUUCUGGGAAUCAUGAUCUUUAGCAUCUUUGAAGAGUUUCUGGAGCAAAUGAAAGUGUUUGCCGAGAGUAAAUAUGACACUCUAGAUCCUGCAGACUCAGAAUUCGAAGAAAGCUAUGCCAAGUUCCAGAAGCAAGUUCAGGAUUAUGACACAAGGCUGGGAACCAUAAUUUGCCAGGCGUUUGAUGAUUGUCACUGUAUUGAAUCUGCUGUUAAACUUUUUGACAUGUUUGGUACCCUGCUGGAGCGGCCAAUUUUAAGAUCACAAGUGUCUAGUAAAUACACAGCCUUGGUGGAGAUGUUUAAUGUUGAGUUGGACAGGGCAAAACUGGUAUUUGAUGCCCAGUUGUUUGCAACAGACGUGUGCGGAGGUGUUCCUCCUAUUUGUAAAAACAUGCCCCAUGUAGCAGGUCAGCUAAAAUGGGCGCAGGAACUGCGAGACAGGAUUCAGGCACCAAUGAAGAGCUUUAGAUCAAUUGAUCACCCGUGCAUGUGUACUGAUGAAGCCAAACUGGUUUUCCAAAAAUAUGAAGAGAUGCUUAACCUGCUGCACAAGUAUUGUGAACAUGUAUACGUUAAAUGGACCACACAAGUGGAUGAUGAUUGUCAGUUUAACUUGGAGCAGCCACUUAUCCUGCGUGGUCCCAAGUCUAAUUUGAUAAGGGUUAACUUUAAUAAGCAGUUGGUGGCAGUUCUACGGGAAGUGAAAUACUUGACUAUUCAAGGUCAGGAGGAUAUCCCGGAGAGUGCUGCAGGUGUUUUUGCUAAUAGCGAAACAUUUAGAAAGUUUGUGGGCAACCUGGACCUCAUUGUAUCUUGGUACAAUAAGAUAAGAUUAACAGUGCAUCCAGUUGAGUUCCCACUUAUUAAGAGUGAACUUGAGGAUAUUGAUUCAAAAUUAAAUAAAGCUGAAAGUACACUGAGCUGGAACACUGAUGGUGCAUGGGAAUACAUUCAGGAGAUGAGAGAUACACUGUAUGAUUUUGAGACCCGGACUCAAAAGGCUAAGUCUAAUGUAGAAACCAUGUGUCAAAUCAUGCAGGAACUGGAGAAUGUAUACAUUUGA